UGCGUUUUAUAAUUUGACGUUUUGAUUGAAAGUUUUAACGGAAAUUUGUGUUUUGAUUUGAAAGAGUUUAUAAAAAAUUGUUGAAGAAAUUGAAUUAACUGUAAGUGUAGGAUUAUACAGCAAAAAAGCUGCGACCAUGGGGAUGCCAAACAGCAAGUUUGGUAAAGAAAUGCCCACGAGUGAGUUGCAGGAGGGAAGUGUUCCUUCGACCCCUAUUUUAACACCAAAAAUUAUAAAGCUUUCUGAAAUGGAUCCUCGGUCACCUAGUUUACAUAUAGCCAGAACUCCACUUGAGCUAUUGUCAGCCGCCGCCGAAAAAUUGGAAUUACUAAGUGACAAUGAAACUCCAGUAAAAAAUAAAUUUAUACUAGGUAUAGACCCAAGGUCUCCUACAACAGAUUUCAAAAGAACCCCCAUUAUUCUUGAUCCUACUGAAGGUGACUUUCCAAGAACGUUGCGUAAUAAAAACUUAGAUAAAGUUCGCAGAACUGAAUUACUCACGUCUCCCAUAAGGAGUACAGAAGAGUAUAAAGCAUCUCCAUCUGUAAUUCCACCUAAGUUGCUUCAAAGUAGUCCCAUUAAAGCUAGAACGGAUGCAUAUAAAAGGCGUUCUUUAGUAGGAUUACUAGAAACUAAUAUAGAUUUUACAGAAACUGACUUGGAUAGUAUUUUAAAAGAAAAAUAUAAAACUGAAAAUGUAGAAGAAAUUACAGAAACUAAAGAAUGUUUCCCUCCUGAUCUUGAAGCCUCUAGUGAGAACAAUAAUCUAAAUAACAAAUCAGACAAUGAAAUACUAGAAAAUUCUAAUAUCCUUGAAUCAUUAGAGGGCUUAAUUGAAAAUAUUGAUAUAAAAGCAUCAGCAGAACAUGAAGCGAACAUAGACAACCAAAGUGAAGCAAUAGAUGAUAAGGAAAUGACAGUUGAUAGUCUUCAAGAAAUAGAAAAUAAUUCACAAGAGAACAUUGAAGAUUUAGAAAAUUCUAAUGAAACUCAAUCAGAGGAUACUCCCAUAAACAUUCCAGAUCAGAUCAAAUCAGCUCCAGUUUCUCCCCCAACUAUACCAUUAAGCCCUAUACUACCCUCUAAAGAAAUCAAGUCUGCUCCUGAUACCCCUCCUUUGGUGGAUUUAACAGCAGAUAUUAAAGAACUAGACAAAAAAUUAACCAAUUUAAUCUAUGAAGACGAUCUAGUAGUAUGUCCAAGAAUUGUUAAAUUAAAGGAUAAUUCUGAACGAUCACCACUCAAGAACUACAAUAAAAACGAAUCAAGGACAAAAGCAAUACAAAAAUUAAAAGUCAGUGAUAAGCCCAGGAGAACAGAGUAUGCGGUCAGUAAAAUUCCCGUGUUUAGAGACAAAAAAGGUAAAAUGAAGAAUCAAGUUCAAUGUGAGAAUACACCUCCGAGAAAUAUGGAGAAGAAAGCUAGACAUAAGCAAGGCGACUGGGAUACAAAAGAUAAUACUUUAUAUUUGUAGAUAAUUUAGAUAUAGUUCCAAUUUAGUUGUGAUUUUUUUAAGAGUUUCAAUAAUUUUGUCUUGCCAGUUUGAUAUGUAGGUAAUUUUUUGUGGAACUGACAAUUCAUUUUUGUAUUUUUUU